ACACAGACUCAUGAGAUGCAUUAUUUGAGCACAGCAUUUGAGUGAAGAGAGCAAGAGAUGACUUCAAGACUGAGAUGAGAACAGUUUACUUUUGUUGCUUGAAUUACGCGUAGCUAUUAUAAGAGAUUUAAACAAUUUUAAGUUGUUGACGGAUUGUAUAGACUGGUAAAUUUAAUACAAUGGUGGUGUGCAAAUUUUUUCAAGAAGGAUAUUGCCGCUACGGUCAAAACUGCCGUUUUGAGCAUGUUUAUGGUUCAAAAUACAGCUACCAUGCAAAUGCACCAACCAACCAGAGCCAACCUCAGAAGCAAGCACCGGGCGGGGUAACUGACGAGCAGCUAGUCCAACAAGUUCAGAAUGACAUCCAAUCAGCAUUAAAAGGCGGACAGUGGCUGCUUUCCUGUUACGCACCGUUCAAGAAGCCUAACUUCCCGGGGCUGACCGAUUUGUCUGCAGAUGAAGCCAGACUGUUCAUUUAUGAGGCUAAAGCUAACAAUACUGUUGACCAGGCUGUGGCCUACAUGAACAACUUAACUAAAGAAGCAAGAAGCAAGUAUGAACAAUUACUCACCACUUCACCGCACUUAUUACGGAGCCUCUAUAAUGGUGAAUCCGUGUCAUCACCAUUCACAACUGGCCAAACACCUCAAAGCGUCUUCGGGCAAGCUAACAACGCAUCUUCAGUGUUUCGCAGUGCUGUUCAAGAUACACCAAAAUCCAUAUUUUCUCAAGCAUCCCAGAAUAUUUUUGGAUCGCCACCAGCACAAAAUCAAAGUAUAUUUGGAGCGCAAACACAAAAUCAAAGUCCAUUCGGUGCACAAACACCAAAUCAAAGUCCACUUGGUGCUCAAUCAACACAAAAUCAAAGUCCAUUUGGUGCACAAACACAGAGCCAAAGUCCUUUUGGCGCACAGAAUGUCUUUGGUAGCCCAAAUACAGCGCAGUCCAUCUUUGCACACGCUAACAGUUCUGUAGACCCAGCAAAAUCUUUAUUCGCUCAAGCUAACAGUCCAUCAGACCCAAAGUCUCUUUUCGCAGCGGCCACUGCUCAAAGUCCAUUUGGAUCUGCCCCCGCUUCAACAUUCAAAAGCCCGUUCGAACAACCAUCUCCUUUCGUUCAAAGUUCAAACGUUUUCCAAACCAAUGCUCCUACAAACAUAUUUGGCCAAGCAAAUGUGUUUCAACAGACGCCCGCCGACGAUCCUGCGGUAUACAGUAAUAUAAAUGACUUGUCUCCUGAGGAUUUAGAGAUGUUUAAGGCAGAUAGUUUUAAAUUAGGUUUCAUACCGGAAAUACCUCCACCACAUUCUUUAUGUGUUUGAGGUAUGAAUGUUGUAAAUGUAAGCAUAGAGUGCCGACUCCGUACUUCAGUUUUCUUACCAAAACGCAAGUUAUUUCGCAGUCGACAUUUAGCAUCAAGUCGCGGAUUUAUCAGUACUGCUACUUGGCAGUAGAUAUCGCGACGAACCAACCAUUUUCAACUAAUAUUAUAACCGGAACUCUAAUUUUCAACUGCUGCUUAUAAUGAGUUGUAAAUUGUUGCGCAAUACAUUUUUAGUCAGUCGCGACAGUCGUGACAUCUAGUGUCAAAUAGCGGUACUGAUAAAUCCGCUUUUUGACGCUGUCGACUGCGAAAUAACUCGCGUUUUGGUAAGAAAACUGAUGUAUGGAGUUAGCACUCUAUGCUUACUUAUUUCCAUAGCUGGGUACCGUUAAUCAAAGAGUUAACUUCGUUUAUCGCUAAUACGUUCCUAAAAUAAAUUACUGGACGAUUUAACGGAAGUUAACUUUAAUCGUUAACAUGUAACAAAAAUUGUUUUUUUAUUUUAUUUUGUUGCGAUUUACUAGUUACUGAUCUACUUAUAAAAAUAGUUAGUUUGGGUUGUGGAAGUUAACAGGUUAGAAACAAAAAAUCUGCCAAGAGCGUGUUGGGCCAUGCUUAGUGAAGGGUUCCAUAUUAAAAAACAAAACAUUCGUUACUCUAAGUCUCUAAGCGCCGGCGCUUAGUAAUGAAUUAAUCUAACGAUCGCCUGAUUGAUGAUAAAUGAAAUUUCUUCUUUUUUCUCACCCACACGUGUCGACCGGCCCGAACUUACCUUAGCAUCAGAACUAGUUUUUCACGGCACAGCGUGGUGCUAUUAACGGACUUAGGGAAAUUUAACAGAAGUUAACGAGUCCGUUAACACUUUUUGAAGUUGAAUUAAAAAUGAAUCCGUUAAUCGAAUAGUUAACUUCGUUAAUUUACGAGUUAAUACCCAGCUAUGCUUAUUUCUCUAUGAUGUAAGUAAAAAUGCACUGUGAUAAACCUUUGUUUUUGUAAUAAAUCUGUUUAAGUAUAAAAGUAA